UGUCUCUUCGAUGGAUGCAACAAGAAGUUCGGCCGCAAGGAGAACAUCCGUGCCCACGUCCAAACCCAUCUUGGCGAUCGCCAAUUUAAGUGCAAUCACUGCGGCAAGUGCUUCGUCAGACAACACGACCUGAAGCGUCAUGCAAAAAUCCACAGUGGUGACAAGCCUCACAAGUGCCCCUGCGGCAACGGCUUUGCCAGACAAGAUGCUCUCACGCGCCAUCGCCAACGUGGAGUUUGCGAUGGU